AUGGAUAAUCGAGGUAUACGUAGAAGGAAAGAAGGACAAGAGAACGAUAUCAAUAUAGAUAAUAAUGGAGACAAAUUUAUUAGAGAGACUUCAAGAAAUAAUAGUAAUAAUUGGAAUAAUAAUAUAAGGAAAUAUGAGAAUGAAAAUAAAAAUAUGCAUAUUAAUAAUUCUUUAAGAAAUAUAACAAGAAAGGGAAUGUCAAGUGAUGAUUCAUCAAAUGAUGGGAAAAAGAAAUCUGCAAGUAUAUUUAAUAGUGCUAAUAUAAGUUCUAUAUCAAAUAAUUGUAUGAAAUCAUUUAAUAAUAUUUUGAAUAAUAUAAAUUAUAAUAUAACGAGUGCAACAACAUUUAAUAUUAAUACUAGUAGUAGUAGUAGUAAUAAUAAUAAUAAUAUAUAUAGUAAUAAUUAUAAUAAUAAUUUACCACUUAGUUCAAAACAAAAUCAUUUUUCAAAUAAUAAUUUCUUACAAAAUCAUAGUAAACAUAGCUUUUCCAAAGGUUUUGGAAUUCAAAAUAAUGUAAAUGUAUACAACCAACAUAAUAAUAUAAAUCAAAGGACUGAUAGUUAUAAUUACAACCACCACAAUAAUAAUAAUAAUAAUAAUAAUAAUAAUAAUUAUCAUUGUGGUAGUAGAAAUGAACCCACACUUAAUAGCCAAGAUUUAGAAAAAUUAUUAAAUAAUAACGAGAACAUAAAUAAAAAUAAUUCGAACAGUAGUUUUGGAAAUAACUUUUGUAUGAAUGAAAUAAAUAGUUUAAAAAAUAUUACAAAUGAUGAUACAUAUGUUACUUGUCUAGAAAAUUUAUUAAGGAAUCAUGGAAAUAUUGAUACGAAUGAAAUGUAUAAAUAUAAUGAUAAAAAUAUUAAUUGUUUGAAUGAUAUAAUAUUUUUAGAUGUAUAUCGAGCUUAUAAUGUAUUAACAUAUAUGCAAGAAAAAGUUAGCGUUAUAAUUUUUACAAUAAAUUUUAUAGGUAAAAAAUUAAAAAGAAAACAUGUUCCAGAAGAAGUUGUUAUUUCUUUGGAAUUUCUAAAUUUCUGUGUAAAGAAUUUAGGUUUGUUUUUCGCUAGAUUUAUUGAUGAAAAUUUUAUGAAAAAGAUAAGUAAACUUUUAAGAACAACAACUUUAAAAAAAUCAUUAACAAAAGAUGUUAAAUCGAAAUUAUCCAAAUUUUUAAUAGUACCAAUUAUACAUCCAGGUGUAGCUACAGAUCCAAGACUUCAUUUUAUUAAAAGAAAAAUUCUAUUCAUGAUGCAAUUAUGGCAUGAUUCUUUUAUAUUACAUCAACAUAUAUGUACUGCAAUAUUUUCUGAAUAUAAAUCAUUAAAAGAAAAAGGUAUUACAUUCCCUAUUAUUAAUAAAGCUGAGAAGUUUUUUGUAAAAAAUGCUGAUAAGUCUCCAUCAUUUUCUGAUGAUAAUAUACUUCAUGAUAUACCCUUAAAUUUAUCACAAAUUAAUAAUAUUAUGAAAAGUCUAAAAGGAAUAAAAAAUAUGAACAAUGGUCAAGAAAAAAUUAAAUGUAUACAAAUUGUUUCCAAGUAUAAAAAUGACAUAUUACAAUCUAUAAACAAAUUAUCUGAUUAUAAAGGAAACUCUAAUAUAUCAGUAACUUUAAAUUCUUUAUUAUAUAUUAAUGAUCAAAUAUGUAUUUUUGAAAAAUAUAUUGAAAAAGAAAACUCGGAAAAUUUACAAAAUAAACAAGAUAAUAAUAAUAAUAAUACAGAUAAACGUUUAGAAAAUAGUAAUGACAACCACCAAGAUAAUCAUAAUGAUAAUAAUGUUAAUAAUAAUAUUAAAAAAAAAAGUAAGAAAAAAAAUAAAAAUAAUAGAGAUAGUACCGAAAUGGACCAUCUUAAUAAUAUCAUUUUUAAUAAAUAUGAUCCAUGGAAUGUUGAACAAAAAAAUGAAAAUAAUAAUGAAAACGAUAAUGUCAAUAAAUUGUUUUUUAACAAUGACUCAGAUCAUUUUAAUCAAAAUCAAAAAAAUACAUCAUUUAAAAAUUUAGUAAAUAAUCAAAAUAAUGACACUUUGUUGUUUAAUAAUGAUAUCAUGUUUUCAUUUGCAGAAAAUGAUUUACAUAAUGUAAAGGAUAUUUCAAAAAAAAAUGAAAACAAUAUAUUAUUAGAUCAUAUAGAAAAUAAUAAUAAUAAUAAUAAUAAUAAUAAUAAUGGUAAUAAUAUUAUGCAAGCUAGUGAAAAUACAGUAGUAAAUGUUGAUGAUAAAUAUAGUUUUUUUAACGAAUUAAAUGAUUUUGAAUAUAAUUCAUAUAAUAUAUCAUCUAGCCAAAAUAUAAACAAAUUGGAACUUAAUAAUAAUAAUAAUAUUAAGGAUUAUUCAUGUGGAAAAGACACAAUAUCGGAUCCUCUGCACGAUACAUUGAAUAAUCAAAAAACAAAUGACAUUUCAAAGGAGAAAGAAAAAUUAGAUGAUCCCAUAAGUAAUCAAAUAAAUCAUUUAAACUCAUCAAGUUUGAAUAUUUUAAAUAAUAAUAUGCGUGAUGAUUCAAAAGAAUUGAAUAAUGAAUUUAUCAAUGAGAAAAAUAAUAUUUAUAUGGAAACAGACAAUCUAAGUUUUAGUAACUUCAAGAGACAGGAUUUACAUGAAUUCAAUAAUGAAAAUACACCUUUUACAACCAAUGAAAUAAAAAAUGAUAAUUUACAAUUCAAUAAUGAGGAUAAUGAUUUUUUGAAUGACAAACAUGAUAAUACUAAUUUAAAGCUAGAAAAAAAUAACAUUAUAUUAAAAGAAGAAAGGAAUAAAUCACUAUACUUAGAUAAUAAUAAUAAUAAUAAUAAUAAUAAUGAUACGAAUAGAGAUAAUACCUUAAACGUUUAUGAUAAUUUAAUGAUAGAUAAUACAUCUUAUAUUAUAAGUACCGAUACAUCUUCUUAUAAACCAAAAAGUUCUCCUGAUAUAAAAAAUCAUUCCAUUGGAGACAAUGAACAAAAUUAUAAAAACGAUGACAAUCAUUUGAAUUAUACAUAUAAUGAAGAUAAUAACUUAUCAAAGGAAGAAGAUGUGAAAGAGAUGAAUGUUUAUGAUCACAUGAGUAAAGAUAAUUAUCACGAUUUAUUUGACACAUUUGGAUUUAAUACAAAUGAGGAGAAAGAUCAAAAGGAAGAAGCUAACAAAAAUAUGCCUAUUGAAAAUAUUAUUACUGAUAAUAUUAGUAAGGAAAAUGUUGAUAAAAUAGAGUAUAAAAUUAAUGCCAAAUCAAAUGAUGAAAACUAUUCAGAUCAUAAUACGCAAAAGGUUGAUGAUAUUGAACAUAUGUAUAAUAAUAAUAUGGAAAAUAAUGACAAUAAUAAUAAGAAGAGUGAUAAUAUUGAAGAUAAUAAUAAUAAUAAUAAUAAUUAUGAUAAAGUGCUAAAUAAAGAUAAUGAAGUUAUUUUGGAUCCAUUAGACAACAAUAAAAUAAAUGCGGAAUAUGAUAAUACUCCUGCAGAGCAUAUUGUAACAAAUAAUGAAAAAAUUGAACAUGUCAAAAAUAAUAAUACUAAUAAUAAUAUAUCCAUACAACAUAAUGAAAAUGAACAAAAGAGUGAUGAAGAUGAAGAUAAAGACGACGACUCGAACGAUAUUAAUUUUGAUGAAAUUGAUGAAAUCACAAAAGCUAUAGAUGAUCUCAACGAUAAUUUUGAAAGUAUGGAUAUGUAUAAAUAUGAUCAUUAA